AUGGAGAGUUUACUAUGUCAGAAAUGGGAGCUCAAGCCGAAGCAUUCCUCCACCGACGUGCUGCAGCGGUGGCGCGACCUCUGCGGCGUCGUCAAGAAUCCCAAGCGCCGCUUCCGCUUCACUGCGAACAUCUCCAAACGCCACGAGGCUGCUGAAAUGCGCAAAACCAACCAAGAGAAAUUGCGAAUUGCAGUUCUCGUCUCCAAAGCCGCAUUCGAAUUCAUAAAAGGUGGGAAGACAAGCGACUACACCGUCCCCGGAGAAGUGGACGCCGCCGGUUUCAAGAUAUGCGCCGAGGAAUUAGGAUCCAUCGUAGAAGGCCACGACCUGAAGAAGCUGAAGCUCCACGGAGGGGUGGCCGGCAUUGCGGAGAAGCUGGCCACGGACGCCUCCAACGGCCUCUCCACGGCCGACCUGGGCCGCAGGCAGGAGCUCUACGGCGUUAACAAGUUCCAAGAGAGCGAGCCGCGGAGCUUCUGGGUGUUCGUGUGGGAAGCCCUCCACGACAUGACGCUGAUGAUCCUCGGCGUCUGCGCCCUCGUUUCACUCGUUGUUGGAAUAGCCACGGAAGGGUGGCCCCGCGGCUCCCACGACGGGCUUGGCAUUGUUGCCAGUAUAUUGCUUGUCGUGUUCGUUACAGCCUCGAGUGAUUAUCGGCAGUCUCUGCAGUUUAGAGAUUUGGAUAACGAGAAGAAGAAGAUUUCUGUUCAAGUCACCAGGAAUGGUUACAGGCAGAAGAUGUCUAUUUACGAGCUUCUCCCUGGCGAUGUGGUGCAUCUUUCCAUUGGCGAUCAGGUCCCUGCGGAUGGGGUUUUCCUCUCUGGCUUCUCGGUGUUGAUAGACGAGUCGAGCCUGACCGGGGAGAGCGAGCCGGUGGUGGUUAAUAGCGGGAGCCCUUUCUUGAUGUCGGGGACUAAGGUGCAGGACGGGACUUGCAAGAUGCUGAUCACGACCGUCGGGAUGAGGACGCAGUGGGGGAAGCUGAUGGCGACGCUGAGCGAAGGGGGAGACGACGAGACGCCUCUCCAGGUCAAGCUCAACGGCGUUGCGACCAUCAUUGGGAAGAUUGGCCUUGUGUUUGCUGUUGUGACUUUCGCGGUUCUUGUUCAGAAGCUUGUUACUCGGAAAUGGGGAGACAGGACUUUCUUGGUGUGGUCCGGGGAUGAUGCCCUGGAGCUGCUGGACUACUUCGCCAUCGUUGUCACCAUCGUUGUUGUGGCAGUACCCGAAGGGCUACCGUUGGCUGUCACGCUCAGCCUUGCGUUCGCUAUGAAGAAGAUGAUGAACGACAAGGCGCUCGUGCGCCAUCUUGCUGCGUGCGAGACCAUGGGAUCCGCCACCAGCAUCUGCAGCGACAAAACCGGAACACUCACCACAAAUCACAUGACUGUUGUCAAAGCCUGUGUUUGUAUGAAUGUCAAGGAGAUCACUAGGCCAGAGCAUGCCUCUGCUUUCUGCUCUGAGCUCCCGCAGUCCGUGGUGAAGACGCUCGUGCAGUCCAUCUUCAACAACACGGGCGGGGAAGUGGUGGUGAACAAGGACGGGAAGCGCGAGAUUCUUGGGACUCCCACUGAGGCCGCGAUACUCGAGUUUGGCCUAUCUCUUGGUGGGGAUUUUCAAGGGGAGAGGCAGGCUUAUAAGCUAGUCAAAGUCGAGCCUUUCAACUCGACCAAGAAGAGGAUGGGAGUGGUGCUCGAGCUUCCAGGAGGAGCCGGCCUACGAGCCCACACCAAGGGUGCCUCGGAGAUAGUCCUGGCUGCCUGCAGCACAGUGCUGAAUUCAAGAGGGGAAGUGGUGCCUUUGGAUGAUGCAUCAUUCAGUCAUUUAAAGGAAACAAUUGAGCAGUUUGCGGGUGAGGCUCUCCGGACUCUGUGCCUCGCCUACAUGGAGCUCGAGGAUGGGUUCUCCGCUCAGGAUGAUAUCCCAUUAUCUGGAUUCACUCUGAUAGGCAUUGUGGGGAUCAAGGACCCUGUCCGCCCCGGGGUCAGGGAGUCCGUGGCUCUCUGCCGCUCAGCUGGCGUCACUGUCCGGAUGGUCACUGGAGACAACAUCAAUACUGCAAAGGCUAUUGCAAGAGAGUGUGGGAUUCUCACAGAUGAUGGCAUUGCUAUAGAAGGUCCUGAUUUUCGUGAGAAGAGUCUGCAGGAAUUGCACCACUUGAUCCCCAAGAUCCAGGUGAUGGCUUGUUCUUCGCCACUGGAUAAGCAUACACUGGUGAAGCACCUGAGAACCACGUUCAACGAGGUUGUUGCUGUGACCGGUGAUGGCACGAAUGAUGCCCCCGCUCUUCAUGAAGCAGAUAUUGGACUAGCAAUGGGCAUUGCUGGAACUGAGGUGGCAAAAGAGAGUGCUGAUGUUAUAAUUUUGGAUGACAAUUUCUCUACCAUCGUCAGAGCAAGAUGGGGCCGUUCGGUAUAUGUAAACAUCCAGAAGUUUGUGCAGUUCCAGCUGACUGUCAACAUUGUUGCCCUCAUUGUAAACUUCACUUCAGCUUGUUUAACUGGGAGUGCUCCUCUGACUGCUGUUCAGCUGCUAUGGGUGAACAUGAUCAUGGACACGCUCGGGGCGCUUGCACUGGCCACAGAGCCUCCAAAUGAGGCGCUGAUGAAGAAGGCGCCCGUUGGAAGGAGAGGGAACUUCAUCACCAAUGUGAUGUGGAGGAACAUCUUGGGACAAUCAGUCUACCAGUUUGUGGUCAUAUGGUUCCUUCAAGCAUAUGGGAAAUCAUAUUUUGAAAUAGAAAACUAUCCCAACUCUGACCUAAUCCUUAACACCAUCAUCUUCAACACAUUUGUCUUCUGCCAGCUGUUCAACGAGGUGAACUCGCGAGAGAUGGAGAAGAUAAAUGUGCUACAAGGGAUACUGAACAACCACGUGUUCGCCCCCGUUGUUGGCUCGACAAUCCUCUUCCAGAUCAUAAUUGUUGAGUUCUUUGGGACAUUUGCAAACACCACUCCUCUCACAAUGAGGCAAUGGAAAGCAUGUAUAUUCAUUGGCUUCUUAGGCAUGCCCAUUGCUGUCAUCCUGAAAACACUAAUUCCCAUUAGAAAUUAA